AUGGCGGUCAGGCCCAUAAAAGUAAGUUGUUUUUAUUACUGUAAUAUUUUUUGUGGAAGAGUAAUAUUUUCAAAAAUUGUGUUAUCCAUGAGGUUUAAUUUAAUGUUUGACCGCGUACGAGAUGGUCAAGCCUUUUCAUGGUACUCUUUUGUAUUCGAGUGUAUGCAAAUGUUGUCUCGCUCGCUCUCUUCGCAUCCUUUUGAGCGCGCGAAGUGUUAUCUUUUUUAUUUAUAUUUCCCUCUCAAAAUCAACGUGAGGAAGGGGAAGGUGGAGGCGACGGGACCGACUACAAAUCUCCGCCCUUGUUUUUCGAUAUUCUAAACGCCGAAAUUGGAAUCCACGCAUUUUGAGGGUUUCGUUUUCAUAUCCGGGGGAUAUUAUAUUGAUUUAGGACUUGGUCGCUCUCGUCACUGGCGGUUCAUCCGGGUUGGGAAGGGCCACCGUCGAGUAUCUACAUCGGAAUGGAGCCCGAGUAGCUCUACUUGAUCUGGACAAGACUGACGGAAAGGAUGUAGUCAGCGGACUCAAGGAGAACGCCAUCUUCACACCUGCUGACGUAUGUGUAAUAUUCUUGUUUCCUUUGAUGAUUAUAAAUUUAAAUUUAGGUCCGAAAGGAAGACGAUGUGGCCAAGGCCUUUGAACAAGUGAAGAACACGUUUGGAAGACUAGAUGCCAUCGUUAAUUGUGCCGGCAUAGCUUAUGCCUUCAGGACUUACAAUACUGGGAAGAGGGAGAAAGGGCCCCUUGAACGUUACCAACACACCUUGGAUGUAAGUUAUUAUCUUGUUCGAGUUAGAUGUCCAGUGAAUACUUUCUGACAGUUAUAUAGGAAGAUUUACAUUUCAGGUAAAUGUGAUUGGAACCAUUAACGUAAUCCGUCACGGAGUCCACUUGAUGAUGGAUAACAAGCUCAACGACCCUGCGGAUCCUCGAGGGGUCAUUGUGAACACGGCAUCGGUAGCUGCAUUUGACGGACAAAUUGGACAGGUAAUGUCCAUUCCAUCCUUCCAAGGACUUUCUGCACAAAUCUGUGGGCAUUUUAUUGGUUUUGCUCCAAGGGCCGUCCAUUUAUUCUCAAGGGAGUCGGCCGCUCGCAUUGAGAAAAGACUGACCGUCAUCUUCGCCCCGUCCUCCUUGCCCUCCCAUCACUUAUUAUCUUGUUUUAGGUGGCCUAUUCCGCGUCCAAGGGGGCGAUCACUUCCAUGACCUUACCUUUGGCCAGAGAACUCGGUCCUUCUGGAAUCCGUGUAUGCACCAUUGCCCCUGGAGUCUUUUCAACGCCCUUACUGGAAAAAUUGCCCAGUAAAGUAAGUAAAAGUUUAUAUUUUUUGUUGCAUUUUGGGUUUAUUGGUUCUUUUUCCUGUCCAUAACAACAUCUGGGGUAUUUUGGAAGUCGUAAAAAAAUGGUUUCAAUAUUAAAAUUUGUGAUUUUAUUGGCUCUCGAAAUCAAAUUGGGGUUCAACGACACAUGUUGUUUCUCUUCGCUCUCGCUUUUCGGCCGCAGAGUCUUCGAUCUUGCCUCGUUUUUCUUUCCCCUUCGCCCCUCGACCAGUCUUAUUUUUCACUUCGAACGCUACUUUAAAGCAAUUUUAUUCAUCACCCCAUUUCCUCAGUCCAAAAAUGCUGUGUGACACAAAUUGGGCCUUUCUGAGGCCUGGGCCGUCUCCAAAUUACAGUGUUUCCAAUCACUUUCCCCUCUUCUUUUCUCCAGUAAUCCGCUUUUUUUAGGUGAAGAAGUACCUCGCGAGUCUUGUCCCUUAUCCAGCGCGAUUAGGAGAUACCACGGAAUUUGCUCGAUUGGUCGAGACCAUCAUCCAGAAUGAAUAUUUGAAUGGGGAAACUAUCAGAUUGGAUGGAGCUCUGAGAAUGCCCCCAUAA